AGCCUGGUGGAGAUGACGGAGGUGGAGUACACGCAGCUGCAGCACAUCCUGUACUCGCACCUGGAGGCGGACGGCGAGCUGGAGGCGCGGCUGGGCUCGGCCUUCCUGGCGGGCUCGGGCGCGGCGGCGGCGGCGGGGCCCGGCGCGCCCGUGUACCCGCUGCUCUGCCCGCCCGACGGCGGCUUCGCGGGCGCCGCGCCCUGCCUGGGCCACAUCGACUUCCAGGAGCUGCGCAUGAUGCUGCUGAGCGAGGCCGCGCCGCCCGCCGCCGCCGACAAGGCCGGCCUCGACAAGGAGGGCCACGCGGCGCCCGCGGACGAGGCCCGGGCCAAGCCGGCCGUGCGCGUCCGCCUGGAGGACCGCUUCAACAGCGCCGCCGCCGCCGCCGCAGCGCCCGCCGAGCCCGCGCCCGCGCCCGCACCGGCGCCCCCCGCCUCGGCCUCCUCGGGCCCGGCCCCGGCCGCGGCCACGGCCUCGCGAGUCCCCGCCGCCGACGCCCCCGAGCCCGGCGUGGCGCUCAACAACUUGGUGACCCUCAUUCGACACCCCUCGGAAUUAAUGAACGUCCCCCUGCAUCAGCAGCAGAACAAAUGUACGACGUUAGUGAAAAACAAGACAGCGGCGGCGGCCACGGCCCUGCAGUUCACGUACCCCCUGUUCACCACCAAUGCCUGCUCUACGUCGGGCAACUCCAGCCUGGCCCAGGCCCAGAGUUCCAGUAACUCCUGCUCCGUUCUCGAAGCCACCAAGCACCAAGACCUAAGUCUACCUAGAGCGUUUUCCUUUUGUUACCAGCAAGAAAUUGAAUCCACUAAACAGACUCUGGGUAGCAGAAGCAAAGCUUUGCCAGAGCAGGUUUGGAUCAAAGUGGGAGAAGAAGCUUUAUGCAAGCAAGCCAUAAAUAAGAGGAAUCGAAGCCGCCUUCGCCAGCUAGACGCUGCCGUGGAGCGGAGGACCCUGGGGGAGAUCCAGAACGUGGGCGAGGGCACAUCUGCCCAGGGACCCUGGCAGGUGGCCGAGUCCUCGCAAGGAGCCCUGGGGGAGCAGGGCCAGAGCGGGCCCCCAGGAGGACGGUCUCAGCGCAGGGAGAGGCACAACCGAAUGGAGAGGGACCGAAGGCGGCGGAUCCGCAUUUGCUGCGAUGAGCUGAACCUCUUGGUCCCGUUCUGCAAUGCUGAGACCGAUAAGGCGACCACACUGCAGUGGACCACAGCGUUCCUCAAGUACAUCCAGGAGCGACAUGGGGAUGCCCUAAAAAAGGAAUUCGAGAGCGUGUUCUGCGGGAAGACUGGCAGGAGGCUAAAGCUGACCCGACCAGAUUCGCUGGUGACGUGUCCCGCACAGGAAAACCUGCAGAGUAGCCCCACGAUGGAGAUCAAGUGACUAAGCCCGCACCCCAGUUUCUGGUAGAGGUGAAAGGCCAAUUUCCUGGGGACCUGCCAGCACGCCAGGGCCCACGCCAGCUGGGACCUUCCCUCGGCAGCUUGGCUUGGCCAGAGGGACUCCAGUGAGGACUUUGCAAGCACAGUUUGUAGAAAUACUUGCCUGGCACCAAUACUCCGCCACUAAUGCCCUCUUAGACCACUUGAGGGUGAAGACAUCUGGACAAUUGAUUUUUCAAUUAUCUGUCUGAUUCUGUCAUGUUUUUUUAACAUGAUAACAAAAAAAAUUAACACCUGUGUAAUUUCUUUAGUCUU